AAAAGCCCCCCACUGUGUGUGUGUUGAAAAGCUUUUAAAAAGGCAGAAAGACGAAGAUGAAGAAGAUCUGAAAAAUAGAUAGAUCGAGUUGCUUGCUUGAACAGCUAAUUCCAUGGCAGCUGCUGCGUCUUCACUUGCUUCUGCACUUAAAAGACUCGAAGGAAAAGUAGCUCUUAUAACCGGAGGAGCCAGCGGGAUAGGAGAAUCAUCAGCCAAGCUCUUCGCCAAACACGGCGCUAAGGUCGUAAUAGCAGACGUCCAAGACGAUCGCGCCAAUUCAGUCGUUGCCGCCAUAGGCCACUCCGACUCGACAUUCAUCCAUUGCGACGUAUCCAACGAGGACCACAUCAAAAAUGCCGUGGACACAACAGUUUCCAAAUACGGAAAGCUAGACAUAAUGUUCAACAAUGCCUUCGCCGUCGAUCCCCUCAAGCCCCGCAUCUUCGACAUCGACAAAUCCGACGUCGAGCGCGUCUUGAGCGUCAACGUCAUGGGUGUCUUUCUAGGAAUGAAGCACGCAGCCCGCGUGAUGGUCCCAAUGCGGAGUGGUUCCAUCAUCACUACUACGAGCGCCGCAACACGUGUGGCGGCUGCUGCAACGCAUGCAUACACGUGCUCAAAGUACGCGGCAUUGGGGCUUACCAAAAAUGUGGCGGCCGAACUUGGGAAAUUCGGGAUUAGGGCGAAUUGCAUAUCGCCGUACGGCGUUGCCACGCCGUCGGUGAUCAAAUUUAUGGGACUUGAUAGUAGAGAAGCUGUGGAGGAGUAUUUUAGCUCUAUAGCUAAUUUGAAAGGGGUGGUUUUGACCGAGGAAGAUGUUGCCAAAGCCGCGCUAUUUUUGGCGAGCGAGGAAGCUAAGUAUAUAAGCGGGGAAAAUUUAAUUAUUGAUGGGGGUUUUAGUAAUUGCAAUGCUGCAAUGGAUAUAUUCCAAAAUGGAGAGUCUUGAUUCUUGUGUUUUUUUUUUUUUUUUUUUUUUUUUUAAA